AAACAAACCACCGCCGCCACACCACAUUGUUCUUUCUCCGAGCGAAGGAAAAAAGAUUCGAUGGCGAAGAUCACAGCUCAAGGGGGCCUCAAACUGCUCUUCAAUGUCGACAGGCUCCCCUUCGCCUUUGAAUCCAACGACCCAUUUCAGUGCAGGGUUGGACGGUCCAGAUUCAUUGAGAAAAACCCAGUUCAAAUCCACAACAGUAGCAAGAAGCUCAUCAGACUAUCCGGGUCUGGGAAGGUGUUCUCUGUGGGGAACAAGAGGAUGGCCAGCAGUUCUAACGGUGCUGAUGAAGGUUUGGACGGCUUUGAUGAAGAUGGUGGCGAUGAUGAAGGUGAUUUCGAGAGAGAUGAGCUAGCUUGUUUCAGAGGUUUGGUGUUGGAUAUCUCUUACAGGCCUGUUAAUGUCGUCUGCUGGAGGCGUGCUAUUUGUUUGGAAUUUAUGGAGAAGGCUGACGUUCUAGAAUAUUAUGAUCAGACUGUAUCUUCUCCUUGUGGAUCCUUCUACAUACCUGCUGUCUUGAGGAUUCCGCAUUUAUUGCAGGUUGUCAAGAGAAGAAGAAUUAAACACCACCUUAGUCGUAAAAACAUAUUUUUUCGGGACGUCUUCACUUGUCAAUACUGUUCUUCUCGUGACAACUUGACCAUUGAUCAUGUUUUGCCGGUUUCACGAGGUGGUGAAUGGAAUUGGGAAAAUCUGGUUACAGCUUGUGCAAAAUGCAAUUCAAGAAAAGGGCAGAAGAUUCUGGAGGAAGCAAACAUGAAGCUGAUUAAAGUCCCAAAGGCCCCAAAAGACUUCGACAUACUGGCAAUACCCCUGACAACAGCAGCACUACGGAUGCUCAAGAUGAGAAGAGGGAUGCCUGAUGAGUGGCGCCAGUACCUAUCAACUCCACCUUCGGACCGCUGAUGCAAACCGUCCGGACCACCCAACAAACAUGUAUACAGAAGGCCUGUGUAUAUCUAGUGUUAGGCUCGUUGCGGGUCAUGUCACAUGGAAAGUCUGUCAUGCACCCGUUCAUCAAUAUAUGUAAGUCUUGGUGUGCUCCCUCGUGCACACGAGUCCAUUUCAUCAUUUAUAUACAAAAAAAGGAAAAAAAAAAAAGGAAAAUCCUCAUCUAAUUGAACUUCUUCAAAUUCAUGUAUAUCAAGUGUACCUUGUAUGAUGCUACUUUGACCUCUCACCUUUACUAAAUUAAGUGCUAUUAAGCUUUCUUAACA